CGCCGCCCGCCGCCAUGAGGCGCGGGGGCCCCGCCGCCAUCGCCGCCUGUCUCGCCGGGGCACUCGCCGUGCUGGCGGGGCCGGGGCCGGGGCCGGGCAGUGCCACCGGGACCGGCCGGCGGCCCCCCCGCAGCUACGGGCAUCUGGAGGGCGACGUGCGCUGGCGGCGGCUCUUCUCCGCCACCCGCUUCUUCCUGCGCAUCGACGGCAGCGGCGGCGUGGAGGGGACGCGCUGGAGGGAGCGGCCGGGCAGCAUCGUCGAGAUCCGGUCGGUGCGAGUCGGCGUCGUGGCCAUCCGGGCGGUGCACACGGGCUUCUACCUGGCCAUGAACGAGCGGGGGAGGCUCUACGGGUCGGUAGGUCGGACGCUGCCUCCUGGGAGGGACUGCACCAGAGUCAGAGGUUCAGGGCAGAGUUGGAACAGGGUCCUGGUUUCCCGUGCCCUGACCUGCUCCCCAGCAGGGGACUGCACCCGCCAAGCCCCUCUGCCCCCUGGGGACCGGAGGGGAGCCAGGGUCCUGCCCUGCCCCACUCUUGGGGUCCGAGGGGCUCCAGCUGAGCAUAGCCACCCCUCACUCCCUUCCCUCUCCUGCCAGAAGGAGUUCAGCCCCAACUGCAAGUUCACGGAGCGCAUCGAAGAGAACGGCUACAACACCUACGCGUCGCUGCACUGGCGGCACCGCGGCCGCCCCAUGUUCCUCUCGCUCAAUAGCAAGGGCAGGCCACAGCGAGGGGGCAAGACACGCCGGCAGCACCUCUCCACACACUUCCUCCCCAUGCUUGUCAGCUGAACACCGUGGGCAGCUCCAGACGGUUCUGUAGGAAAAAAAAAACGAACAAAAAAAUGUUAUUUUAUUUAUGUACAUAUCUAUUUUUUGCUAUUUAUUGCUUUAUUUUUAAUGCACGGCAGAGGAGGGAUAUGGAAGGCAGAUGCUCCAGACUCAGCUGUGCGGGGCUGUGGCUCUCCCACUGUUCCCAAAUUUGCCCUAAACCGGCACAAAGCCAGUGUGGUGGAGCCAGGGAGCGUGACUGGAGCAGGGGCCAGGAUCUGCUAAUGGCAUCUCUGCAGGGCUGGGAUGUACCAGCAGGUUGUCUGUGUCUGAGCUUCCAUGGCAAUUAAAGCUGUGUUCAUGGUAUGGAACAGGAGCAGGUCUUGGAGCUUUGAUGGUGAACUUGGCUUGGGAUGGGAGGGAUUGGCUCCCGUGUGGUUGUGGCUGCAGCCACCAGUGUCAUCUCUGCUGCCACUGGCAGGGAGCCCAGCUGGUCCUUUGCCACAUCCAGGUUUUCAUCGACCCCCACCCACCCUGCAGGAAAACAGCACGGUGGUUCAGUGGCACAAAGCAGGGAGCAGAAGGAGCUGGAGCCAGCCCAGAUCCUGAGGCAGACACAGCUCCGGGGCUGCCCCUGGCCACAGCCAGUGUCAGUCAGUCCUGCAGCCCAGCGCCGCAUCCUCAUCCCCAACAAAAACACAGCUGGGAACAGUGGUGAGGACCAGCCCCUCACCUGGAGGGCAGCAUGGCCAGGAAUAGCACCUGCACCUCAGCAUCCUGGCCAGGGUACAUCCCUGCACCACCUCACGCCUGCUGUGGCCAGGCCCAGCAUCCCGGUCACUGUCACGUCAGACAGAGCAAUGGCCCCAGCAAAAACCACCAAACUCGUUCCAUUUCUGACCCAACCAGCUCCAAAUGAGUCUGAGAGGGAACAGCCACUGUAUUAACCAUGUGGUGACUGUGGUGAGCCCCUGCCAGGUGGGCAGCAGCUGCCAUGCGCCCACCCGGGACUUUGCUCGGCCCACUUGAAACCCAUCUGAGCACUGCUCACACAUGAGAAAUCAUUCCCAAGCGCCUGGGGGAGUCAGGAACCCAAUCACCGCUGAAAUAGUGGGAGAGGGAAGGUUUUUCCAGGUCUCUUGUUUUGGUGACUAAACAGCAAAGCCUCUCCUCGGUGUCGGGUCAGCCCAUGGACACGUGCAGGUUCAGCCAGGACCUUCUUGCUGCCACCCACCUCACCAGCCCAGGCUUCUGGCUCAACCCCUGGCAGAGGAUGAGCCAUUAACCCCGACACACCAGUCCCGAGAUAAACCCUCCUGUGAGAUGAAAGGCGCCGCCACACUGCCCAGCCAAGCCGAGGAAGAAAAACAGUCCGGGCAAGUCGCUCCCUGCCAGCCCCCAGCCCUGGCACAGCUGGUGACACUUCCUCCAACAAACCAACUUUGUGGGUUCUAAAAUGGCCCAAGAAAGACCAAAGCAUCCUUUCCCCUCCUAAAGGAGGUUCAUAUCUUCUCAGGAAGCUCAUGGAAGAGCCAGCUCCUGGGGUGACGCUGCUUUAGAAAAGACACCCAAGCUCUGCUGGAGCCAGCACCUUCCCCAGCAGCCCCAGCCCGCUCCAAGGGCCCCAAAAGCCGAGGGAGAGGCAGGGAACCCCCCAAACUGUCAAACCCUCCACCCGCUUCCCUGGCAGCUCCCAUGGGGGCAGGUUCUCCCUUGUCUGCUCUGGCCUCUACCACAGAGCAGUCCCAACAUGCGGUACCAUCACGGACCCCCAGCCCUCUAGGAAACCUCCUGACCACCUCAAGUCCCUGUGAGGGGAAGGGGCUCCCAGUGAUGGAUGGUGAGAGCUUCUCCUCUCAUGCCUCAGGGCCCAGGAAGCAGGGACAUGGCAAGGAGUCCCUGCCCGCUCUGGUGACAUUCUUGUCAUUCUCUGAGCUCCAGCUCUGUCACAGAAACUGAGUCACAAACAUACCUGGAUAUUUUUCUCUCUCUCCUUGUUUUAAUCAGCUCUAUUUUAAGUAGCUUUGCAAUACAUUUUU